UUUAUAAAAAGACACGUGGAAUAUUUAUUUUGAAACGUUUUUCUCUUCUUUUUUUUUUAGUUUUUCCUCUUCUUGUGUACAGAAAAAAAUAAUAAUAAUAAUGGAAAAGAUUAAAGAAAAAAUUGCUAGUAUUAGAGCAGAAGCAGAGGCAGCCAAUGCUAGAGCAGAUGAAUAUGAAAAGAAAUAUAAGGAAUUAGAGCAAUUACAGAUGAAACAGGAACAUGAGAUUAUUUCCCUUUCAAACCAAAAUAAACAUCUUCAAGAAGACUUGGAGUUGGCUCAUCAAAAGAUCGAACAGCUAAAAGCCUUGGAAGAAGAGGAUGACGAUCUUAAGAAAGAAAACGAUGCUGCUCAAAGAAAGAUUACUUUGCUUGAACAAGAGUUGGAAAAAUCAGAAAAGGCAGUGAGAGAAGCAACAAAGAAUUUCCGUGAGGCUGACGUAAAGGCUGAACAUUUCGAACGUAAAGUUCAACAGUUAGAGACCUUAUCAUCAGAUCAAGAGAAAAAGAUUGAAGACCUGAAAGCGAAAAUUAUCGAGUUACAAUCACAGUUGGAUGAGUUCAAUGCUCAGCUGGAUGACAUUUAAUCAAAUAAAAUAAAAGCACAUGUACUCGGCUUUAUAUUUAUCCGCUA